GCUUUGCAGUGUGAAGGCAUCAAAGAUUAAUGGAUGGCUUUGCAUCGCAGUUUACAGGAAACAGGAAACUAGUGUGAAAGGAAAGGAGAGGACUGUGUCUUUUUAUGUUUUAAAAUACGGAGUGUGCAGCUCUGAAUCUUGAAUCACGCCCAAAGGAUGAGCUGUCGGUGCUGCAGUCGUGACCCCGGUUGAGCCUGAAUGGCAGAGGUCUGCUCCAAGAAAAAACAUGGCUGCAAAGGAGAAAAUGGAGGCAGUGUUAAAUGUGGCCCUGAGGGUGCCAAGCAUCAUGCUGUUGGAUGUCCUGUACAGAUGGGAUGUCAGCUCCUUCUUCCAGCAGAUCCAAAGAAGUAGCCUCAAUAACAACCCUCUUUUCCAAUAUAAGUAUUUGGCUCUUAAUAUGCAUUAUGUAGGUUAUAUCUUAAGUGUUGUGCUACUAACCUUGCCCAGGCAAUACCUGGUUCAGCUUUACCUAUAUUUUUUGACUGCCCUUCUCCUCUAUGCUGGACAUCAAAUCUCCAGAGACUAUGUUCGAAGUGAACUGGAGUCUGCCUAUGAAGGACCGAUGUAUUUAGAACCUCUCUCCAUGAAUCGAUUUACCACAGCCUUAAUAGGUCAGUUGGUGGUGUGUACUUUAUGCUCCUGUGUCAUGAAAACGAAGCAGAUUUGGCUCUUUUCCGCCCACAUGCUUCCUCUGCUAGCACGACUCUGCCUGGUUCCUCUGGAGACCAUUGUUAUCAUCAACAAAUUCGCUAUGAUUUUUACUGGAUUAGAAGUUCUCUAUUUUCUUGGGUCUAAUCUUUUGGUACCUUAUAACCUUGCUAAGUCUGCAUACAGAGAAUUGGUUCAGGUUGUGGAGGUAUAUGGCCUUCUAGCCUUGGGAAUGUCUCUGUGGAAUCAACUGGUGGUCCCUGUACUUUUCAUGGUUUUCUGGCUCGUCUUGUUUGCUCUUCAGAUUUACUCCUACUUUAGUACUCGAGAUCAGCCUGCGUCUCGGGAAAGGCUUCUUUUCCUUUUCUUGACAAGUAUUGCUGAAUGCUGCAGCACUCCUUAUUCUCUUUUGGGUUUGGUCUUCACGGUUUCUUUUGUUGCCUUGGGUGUCCUGACACUCUGCAAGUUUUACUUGCAGGGUUAUCGAGCUUUCAUGAAUGAUCCUGCCAUGAAUCGGGGUAUGACAGAAGGAGUUACGCUGUUAAUCCUGGCGGUGCAGACGGGCCUCAUCGAGCUGCAGGUGGUGCACCGGGCAUUCCUGCUCAGUAUUAUCCUUUUCAUUGUUGUAGCUUCUAUCCUACAGUCUAUGCUGGAGAUUGCAGAUCCUAUUGUUUUGGCGCUGGGAGCAUCUAGAGACAAGAGUUUAUGGAAACACUUCCGUGCUGUGAGCCUUUGUUUAUUUUUACUGAUAUUCCCUGCUUACAUGGCCUACAUGAUUUGCCAGUUUUUCCACAUGGAUUUUUGGCUUCUUAUCAUUAUUUCUAGCAGCAUUCUUACCUCUCUUCAGGUUCUGGGAACACUUUUUAUUUAUGUCUUAUUUAUGGUUGAGGAAUUCAGAAAAGAGCCAGUAGAAAAUAUGGAUGAUGUCAUCUACUAUGUGAAUGGCACUUACCGCCUGCUGGAGUUUCUUGUGGCGCUUUGUGUGGUGGCCUAUGGCGUCUCGGAGACCAUCUUUGGAGAGUGGACAGUAAUGGGCUCAAUGAUCAUCUUCAUCCAUUCCUACUACAAUGUGUGGCUUCGGGCCCAGCUGGGGUGGAAGAGCUUUCUUCUCCGCAGGGAUGCUGUGAAUAAGAUUAAAUCAUUACCUCUCGCAACGAAAGAGCAGCUUGAGAAACACAAUGAUAUUUGUGCCAUUUGUUAUCAGGAUAUGAAGUCUGCUGUGAUCACACCUUGCAGUCAUUUCUUCCACGCAGGCUGUCUGAAGAAGUGGCUGUAUGUCCAGGAGACCUGCCCCCUGUGCCACUGCCACCUCAAAAACUCUUCCCAGUUCCCAGGGUCAGGGACAGAGCCGGCUCCACAACCGCGUGCUGGAGCCGAGGAUAACGCUGUGCGUCAGGAAGGGACCCAGCCGGCUCCACAACCGCGUGCUGGAGCCGAGCAAAACGCAGUGCGUCAGGAAGGGACCCAGCCGGCUCCACAACCGCGUGCUGGAGCCGAGCAAAACGCAGUGCGUCAGGAAGGGACCCAGCCGGCUCCACAACCGCGUGCUGGAGCCGAGCAAAACGCAGUGCGUCAGGAAGGGACCCAGCCGGCUCCACAACCGCGUGCUGGAGCCGAGCAAAACGCAGUGCGUCAGGAAGGGACCCAGCCGGCUCCACAACCGCGUGCUGGAGCCGAGCAAAACGCAGUGCGUCAGGAAGGGACCCAGCCGGCUCCACAACCGCGUGCUGGAGCCGAGCAAAACGCAGUGCGUCAGGAAGGGACCCAGCCGGCUCCACAACCGCGUGCUGGAGCCGAGCAAAACGCAGUGCGUCAGGAAGGGACCCAGCCGGCUCCACAACCGCGUGCUGGAGCCGAGCAAAACGCAGUGCGUCAGGAAGGGACCCAGCCGGCUCCACAACCGCGUGCUGGAGCCGAGCAAAACGCAGUGCGUCAGGAAGGGACCCAGCCGGCUCCACAACCGCGUGCUGGAGCCGAGCAAAACGCAGUGCGUCAGGAAGGGACCCAGCCGGCUCCACAACCGCGUGCUGGAGCCGAGCAAAACGCAGUGCGUCAGGAAGGGACCCAGCCGGCUCCACAACCGCGUGCUGGAGCCGAGCAAAACGCAGUGCGUCAGGAAGGGACCCAGCCGGCUCCACAACCGCGUGCUGGAGCCGAGCAAAACGCAGUGCGUCAGGAAGGGACCCAGCCGGCUCCACAACCGCGUGCUGGAGCCGAGCAAAACGCAGUGCGUCAGGAAGGGACCCAGCCGGCUCCACAACCGCGUGCUGGAGCCGAGCAAAACGCAGUGCGUCAGGAAGGGACCCAGCCGGCUCCACAACCGCGUGCUGGAGCCGAGCAAAACGCAGUGCGUCAGGAAGGGACCCAGCCGGCUCCACAACCGCGUGCUGGAGCCGAGCAAAACGCAGUGCGUCAGGAAGGGACCCAGCCGGCUCCACAACCGCGUGCUGGAGCCGAGCAAAACGCAGUGCGUCAGGAAGGGACCCAGCCGGCUCCACAACCGCGUGCUGGAGCCGAGCAAAACGCAGUGCGUCAGGAAGGGACCCAGCCGGCUCCACAACCGCGUGCUGGAGCCGAGCAAAACGCAGUGCGUCAGGAAGGGACCCAGCCGGCUCCACAACCGCGUGCUGGAGCCGAGCAAAACGCAGUGCGUCAGGAAGGGACCCAGCCGGCUCCACAACCGCGUGCUGGAGCCGAGCAAAACGCAGUGCGUCAGGAAGGGACCCAGCCGGCUCCACAACCGCGUGCUGGAGCCGAGCAAAACGCAGUGCGUCAGGAAGGGACCCAGCCGGCUCCACAACCGCGUGCUGGAGCCGAGCAAAACGCAGUGCGUCAGGAAGGGACCCAGCCGGCUCCACAACCGCGUGCUGGAGCCGAGCAAAACGCAGUGCGUCAGGAAGGGACCCAGCCGGCUCCACAACCGCGUGCUGGAGCCGAGCAAAACGCAGUGCGUCAGGAAGGGACCCAGCCGGCUCCACAACCGCGUGCUGGAGCCGAGCAAAACGCAGUGCGUCAGGAAGGGACCCAGCCGGCUCCACAACCGCGUGCUGGAGCCGAGCAAAACGCAGUGCGUCAGGAAGGGACCCAGCCGGCUCCACAACCGCGUGCUGGAGCCGAGCAAAACGCAGUGCGUCAGGAAGGGACCCAGCCGGCUCCACAACCGCGUGCUGGAGCCGAGCAAAACGCAGUGCGUCAGGAAGGGACCCAGCCGGCUCCACAACCGCGUGCUGGAGCCGAGCAAAACGCAGUGCGUCAGGAAGGGACCCAGCCGGCUCCACAACCGCGUGCUGGAGCCGAGCAAAACGCAGUGCGUCAGGAAGGGACCCAGCCGGCUCCACAACCGCGUGCUGGAGCCGAGCAAAACGCAGUGCGUCAGGAAGGGACCCAGCCGGCUCCACAACCGCGUGCUGGAGCCGAGCAAAACGCAGUGCGUCAGGAAGGGACCCAGCCGGCUCCACAACCGCGUGCUGGAGCCGAGCAAAACGCAGUGCGUCAGGAAGGGACCCAGCCGGCUCCACAACCGCGUGCUGGAGCCGAGCAAAACGCAGUGCGUCAGGAAGGGACCCAGCCGGCUCCACAACCGCGUGCUGGAGCCGAGCAAAACGCAGUGCGUCAGGAAGGGACCCAGCCGGCUCCACAACCGCGUGCUGGAGCCGAGCAAAACGCAGUGCGUCAGGAAGGGACCCAGCCGGCUCCACAACCGCGUGCUGGAGCCGAGCAAAACGCAGUGCGUCAGGAAGGGACCCAGCCGGCUCCACAACCGCGUGCUGGAGCCGAGCAAAACGCAGUGCGUCAGGAAGGGACCCAGCCGGCUCCACAACCGCGUGCUGGAACCGAGCAAAACGCAGUGCGUCAGGAAGGGACCCAGCCGGCUCCACAACCGCGUGCUGGAGCCGAGGAUAACGCUGUGCGUCAGGAAGGGACCCAGCCUGCUCCACAACCGCGUGCUGGAGCCGAGGAAAACGCAGUGCAUCAGGAAGGGACUGCACCCCCAGACCAAGAGCAUCCUCGAGGGACCGGAGUGGAAGAAGGUUCCAGAGACAAUAAUGAGUGCAUUGCCAGCAGAUCAGGUAUCCAGGAAGGGACUUGUGAGCCCAUGGAAUAGCUUCUUGGUGCAAAAGAUGAAGCAUGUCCUGCUGAGGUCAACCCAGAAGAAAAGCAGCAGGAGUAACGCUGUGUAUGCUGGCGGGGAGGCUAACUCC